AUGCAUCGUUCAAGUGAUUUAACAGAUGAACCGAGCCGUUUUAAACAAUUUGCGUGGGAACAAUGGGAGAACCAACCAUUUGCUGUUCUUUUUCGUCCCGGUACCUAUGGUUUUGAUCGUUUUGUUGUCAAGCGUUAUGUUGAACAAGUUUUAGCACAAUCUGAUCGAUGGAAACAAUUAUCACCAUAUUUUUCCAACGCUCAUCCACCACUUCGUACUUAUACUUUAACUUCAUAUGAAGUUGAACUUAUGCAAAAAAUUCUUGAUUUUCAUCUUAAUGAUACAUUGCAUAUGCGCAUUACAAGUGGAAAUGAUCAGCUAAUUGAAUAUGAAGAUUUACUUGAUUUUAUUCGUCGUGUUCAAGAAUCUGCUCGUUCAAAUCUAUCUUCUUCUAGUAAUGUUCGUCCAACGACAGGAAAGAAAACAGGAGCACCAUCUAUACCAAGUAUUCAUACAUCUUAUGUGUUACCUCCAUCAGCAAAAUCUUUAAUGCCAUCUGUACCGCAACCAACAACAACAACAACAACAACAACAACGAAAACAAGCCCGGUGAAACCUAUACUCGCUAAACCUCCAACUCUUCCAACUAAUUCUACAUCAUCAUCACAAACAACAAAAUCAUCUAACUCUACAACAUUAAACAAUGGUCAUACAACAUCACAAUCAUCAAAUGAUUCAUUAUCUCGAUUUGGAUCCAAUGUACAAGUUAAACCUAAUCUCAUAUCACCACUAGGUGUGACCUCAACAUAUCCAACACCACCUCCAUCAUCAAAUCAACCUAGUCUUUCGAUUCCACCUGAACUUUGUCCAACUUCAUUAUAUAAUGCUAAAGUUGAUGGUAGUGGUUGGGUACAAAUCAAUAAUGUUUUUCUACCAUUUAUAAUAAAAAAUCGUCAACGUCUUAUACCAUAUCAAGUACUUGUUUCAUGUAAAAUUCUUGAUGCUGAUGAAUUACGUCCAACAUUAACACGUGCAACAUUAGCUGAUAUAACAUUAAUGAAUCGUAUGAUACGUGAUUGUAAAAUAAAUAACGAAGAAAUACUUGAAAAUGCACCCUUAAUUAAUGUAUAUCAUGUAUUAGUUGGAACAAAAAAUCUUGUCUAUGUAAAAAUCUUACCAAAAGAUAAUCCAACAUCAAAAAUAAAUCGACAAUAUAAAACUGUUUUAGCUUUACGUGGUGGUUCAUUAUAUAUAACAUAUCGUACAGUACCAUUUGUUUGUUCAAGUAAUCAUUCAUAUAUUCCAUUGAAUGAUGUUUUAAGUAUAUAUCCAUAUUUACAAAGUCAAUUAAAACCAUUAGCACGUGUACCACGUACACAUGAAUUAGAUUUUCUUCAACUUGUACAAAUGUAUUAUGAUGAAAAAGAAUUACCAUCAGAUACACUAUUAAUUGAUAUGGAAGAUUUAAAUCAAACACAAAUAAUUCCAUCAAAAAAUAUGACAUUACUUGAACAUCAUACAAGAGAAAAAAGUAAACUUGAACAACAAAUAACUUUAUUAAAUAAUUCAUCAACAACAACAACAACAUCAACAACAGCAAAUGCAAAUAAACGAAAGAGUCAAGACACACAUGAAAAUAAACAAACACAACAAAAAGUAAAAUCUUCAACAAAUUAUUCUUCACAAUCAGGAUCAUCUACACCAGCAUUUAUUCGUCCACCAACAGGAUAUUAUCCUGCACAGCAACCGCCAUCAUCGUCUUCAUCAUCUUAUGCUCCGCAAUAUCAACAGAAUCAUUGGCUAUCAUCAAAUUAUGGACAACGUGGAAGGACUCAUUGGCAAUAA